AGGACCCCGGAAGUAUGCGUGACCCGCUCUGUUUCUUCUACAAGCUCUACUGAAGUUGGCACUUUUCCAGCCAAGUAUAAUGAAAUCACAUGUGUUCAUUUCACUGUCAGCAACCUAGGACCUGGAAUUCGACUGCGAAAGUUUCAGCUUGGGUUGAACACUGUAGAUGUUCCUGUGGCAGUGCCGUGUAGUGACCGGCUUAACGUUAGAUGGCAUGUCAGCGUGAGGUGCAGUCUGUAAGGUAGACAAGAAUGCAGUCUUCUGGGCACCGGCUGCGGGAUGUAGAGCAGCACCAUCCUUUGCUGGGUGGCGGGGAGGGGGAGGCGCAGGUGGCAGUAGGCCGCAUAUGGUUCAUCCAGGAUGGCUGCGGCAUGGUCUGUGCCUCCAUGACCUGGUUUCUGGUGAUGUAUGCUGAGUUUGUGGUGAACUUUGUCAUGCUGCUCCCGUCCAAAAGCUUCUGGUACACGCUCAUCAACGGAGUGGCGUUCAACCUCUUGGCUGUGCUGGCCCUGGCGGCACACCUGCGCACCAUGCUGACUGACCCGGGUGCUGUUCCUAAAGGUAAUGCCACUAAGGAGUACAUGGACAGUCUACAGCUGAAACCUGGGGAAGUCAUCUACAAGUGCCCUAAAUGCUGCAGCAUCAAGCCUGAGAGAGCACACCACUGCAGUAUCUGCAAGAGAUGCAUCCGGAAAAUGGAUCAUCACUGUCCUUGGGUGAACAACUGUGUGGGAGAAAACAACCAGCGAUUCUUUGUCCUAUUCACUAUGUAUAUAGCUUCAAUUUCUUUGCAUGCCCUCUGCCUCAGUGGGUUCCACUUCUUUACCUGCGUCAAAGUCCAGUGGAGCGAGUGCAGUGACUUUUCUCCCCCUGUGGCCGUCAUGCUCCUGAUUUUCCUGUGUCUGGAGGCCCUCCUCUUCCUCACCUUCACUGCUGUCAUGUUUGGUACACAGAUUCACUCCAUCUGUAAUGAUGAAACUGAGAUCGAGAGGCUGAAGAACGAGAAGCCAACGUGGGAGAGGCAGGUGCGCUGGGAUGGCAUGAAGGCCGUGUUCGGGGGCCCACCCUCUCUCCUGUGGUUCAACCCUUUCGCUGGACUCCGCUUGCGGCGCCUGCUCAUGGUCCAUGCCCGGAAGGAAGGCUCUGAAUUCUCUGUGUGAGCACAGGAACCAUGUCUUUUUCAGCAUGUCAGUGUGCCACCAUGCCUGUAACACCACAGAAUAGAGGACAAGGCACACCACUCAUAAUGGUGCCGCAGGUAGGGGAGCACGCUGAAGAGAGUGUGCAAUAGAACUGAAGCUGGCCCAGCAGAGCAGAGCAGAGGGGCCAGGACACUACAGUCUGCUUGGUUGACCACUGUACCUCGCCCGAAGACUCAUUCUUACUUUUGCCUGUGUUGGCUGUAUUUGUCUUCAUUAAUUCUUUGUGGGUUUUUCUUCUUUUUUUUUUUUCUUUUUUUUUUAAGGAACUCAUGUCUAUUAUGUUAAGAUAAAAAGCAAAGCUGAAAUGAUGCAUAAACAAAGGUGUUGAGAACAUCAGCUAUAGCCACAGUUUAAUCAAAGGCUAUUGCUUCAGAGCACUCGUAUUCCAAACAGUCUUUCCAAUGAUCAAAUCUUGGUCACUCAAAGAACAUUUCACUGACCAAAUUGAAAUUUGAAUAUCUUAUUUGCCAAGAAAGUUUUCAAGUCCGUCUUAUGUUGUGUUUGCUCUAGUCUAUAGUAAAAUUCAGGUUAUACUGUUGUAGCUCUAGAAUUUAUCACAAUUUAAAUCGUGAGCCAUAAAUGGCAUUAUUUUAGCCCCUUAUAUUGUAAAGACAAUUACUUCUCAAGCCUCAUUUUAAAUAUAAAUGGCACUGAAUAUUUAGACUCAGUAUUUAAACUGUUUAACUAACUGGAAGCUACAUCUGAGAUCAACUUUGCACUUGUUUGGCGUGGAACUAGACACAUCACAUUGAAGUGUGUGCGCAUGUGCGCGCAAGAUGCAGGACCUUUUCCACUUUGCCCACUUGAGUCCAGCCAGCCCUGUCUAAGAGCUCACACCAGACCCCACAAUGGGGGUUUGGUCUGAGCUCAUCCAAGCUUUCUAUUUAGCAUGUAGUUCAAGACUCACUAACCAUCAUAAGAGCUCUGACAGAAUCAUUUCUGAGUACUUGUUGAGACAGAACACAUAUUACACGAGUCCUUAUUUAAGGAAUCCCUUUCUGAUUGCAAUACCGUGACUGCGUCUCAUCCCGUUGUUCAUUUUACGUUUUCACUUCUCUAUAAGAUGAGAGCUUUUACCUCAGUGGCUAAUGGAUUUUAUAAUGACACAUAAACCAUCUCUUAUAAACUUAACAGUUGAUGCAGUAAGUGGAGUAUAUUUAAGAAGGUGUUGAAUUUGAGUUGAUUGACAAUCUGUAUUUUCACAGUUUCCUAACAAAUGAUCCAGGAAUCUGUGUACUGGCAAUAGAAACCUAAAGGCAUAGGUCAAUAAAUGUCCCUAAAUUGCAAAUAAUCUAAAUCAGGUGAGCUGGUUUAAGGUUUUUCCGAUAGUAUUUGCGAUACAAAAUCUAUAGUCUGGAAGGCAUCUGUGCACCAGCAAUCAUCCAGUCACCUGCCUCCUGACGGAGCUCAAUCUUCCUACACUGUUGGUCACUUCAUGGUUGUUGACAGUAUUGAAUUGUAUUGGUUCUUGUAUUAUCGAUCUAGGCUCUGUGUUACUGCUAGCCCUUGAAUCCGAAUCUGGUCCAUAUUUUUGUAAUCACUGAACAUUGGAUCAACUGAUUGGCCAUUGUCUCAUCACUCUUAUCCUGGCAAGCUCUAAGAACUGGUCUACACUGAACAAGAAUUGAGAAUCGGGGCUCCAGAUGGUAAUGCAACUGCCCUGAUCUGACACACCUGGAUCUACUCACUUGGGACCUGCAACGGGGAGCAGAAUUGGGGAAGUUUUCAACUCGUCCUAAAACUGUGCCUAAGAACUGUAGUUGAAAACCUAUAAUAGCAUGGAAAAGUAGAAACUAUGGAUACUGAGUGGGACUGGAAAACACUGAUCUAGCACCUAAGAUUGCCAUUCCAUAUCCAUAGUCAAAUAAAAAAUCUUAACUGUUAACUCUUUAUUUUUGGAUCGUUUAGAUGUCUGUGUGGAAAGGGAAAAUAUGGAAAAGUCCAGCCAACCGGUGUGUAGUCCAUUGUCGAUUAAAUAGUCUUUGUGGAAUAUGGCACAGCAACUUUUUUAUGUUUACAAGAGAGAAUGUUUUGGCUAAUCAUUAUUUUCUGUAACACAAUAAAUGUACAAUGCUGUCAGGGGGCGGGGACAGCUAACUUUCCAACUGCAAUUCUCUACUGGGUUGUAUUAGUUAAACCUGUUUGCAAAACCUGCCUUUUUUAUUAGCAUGUAUGUCACUGAGAAUGUAUAUUGUGCUUUUUACAUCUUUUAAGUAUUGAGGAAGAAGAUGAAAUGUUUUUCUUGAUAAAUGAGACCACCUCUUAUGCUUUCUUCACUACAAAGAGUACUGCCUAACUGCAUUGGUUCUUUGAAAAUAUGGCUUGACCAUCAUUGCCUAGUGUUUCUGUGUGAACUUUGGUAGACAAGUCCCAUUUCUCCAGGAGUGCUUAUUAACUUUAACAGUACAGAUGAAAAGCUAGGGAAAAGCUUUUUGCACCUGAAUGCCCUGCACAAAGAUGUCAAUUGUAGAUGCAAACAGUAGAAUAACACAGCUUUAUAAAUGUGUAGGAUUAGUCAGAUGAUCCAAGUUAAAAUCCCAAUGCCAAGUGUAAUAACUGGUCAAGAUUGUCUAGACUUAUGACACAAAGAGAAUGUUCAAAGCAUUAGUCUUUACAACUGGAAACUAAAAGGUUAUGGUAAAUACAUUGUGAAUAUUGAUUUAUCAAGAUAUUUUCAAUGGUCAUCAAAUAAUUGUUCUUUCAUAUGUAAAGUUUUUUUUUUUGCAUAAUAAAGGUAGGCUCAGAACUAUUAAAACUA